UAUGCGAUGCAGAAUAUGUCUUCAGUCUAGUGUGCCCCAGCAGGAGUUAAUCUGGAUAAGGUACUAAUCGUUUCUUUCGUGCAUUUUCCAUAGAUCGCGAACGAUGUGCACCGCAAUGGAGAGUGCGUUCUCUGAUCUGGACAGCUCCAGCUGCGACUUUUCCUUUCCUCACACGGAUGAUGAGGAUUCUCGCGGCAGCAUGCAUGCCGCCUCGCCUGCAUCCUCGCUUGCCUCAUCGGGAAACGCACUGGACGCCGGUGAGCUGCAGCAGAAAAAGAAGCGCAGAGGCCGUGCGCGCAGCGAGGCCGCCGUUCACGUGGUAAAGAAGAACCGCAGGCUGAAAGCCAAUGACCGCGAGAGGAACCGCAUGCACAACCUGAACGAUGCGCUGGACGCUCUGCGGAGUGUGCUGCCUGCCUUCCCGGACGAUACCAAGCUCACCAAAAUCGAGACUCUUCGCUUCGCUCACAACUACAUCUGGGCACUGUCCGAAACCAUCCGCAUCGCGGACCAGCGCGGGAACAAAGCGAGAGACUCCUCAGCGGCCGUAAACUGCAUGGCGGAAGUACCGAGCCCAGGGAGCGAUGCGUGUUCAUGGGCAUCAAGCGCCUCCUCUCCAUCCUAUAGCUCUUCUAACCCCGGCAGCCCGGAGGCUAUGGACGAUUAUGGAUUUCUGCAAGCAGACGUCGUUUACCGCUACCACAGCUACCCUGGCAUUUAUUAAGCUAUCUUUUAGUCCCAAACCUUCUGUAGCUAGCCUAAUAAGGCAAAAUGACAUUUCCUUUGCCCUUUAUUAGAAGCAAGAGUGCAGAGGCAGAGACAGAGACAGAUUAGAUGUUCACUGUUUGCCUUAA